CUCUGGGAUACAGACAGAGAAGGAGUAGCUUCGAGGAUUAGGAGCCUCGUCUCCUGCGCUAGGGACCAGGACUACAAACCCUGCUGACCCAGCCUUUCUCCCCAUACGGGAAAGGUCUGGUUGUUACGGAGAUCUGAUUUUUCCCUUUUCACGACGGGUAUUUCAGAUUAACCAUGUAUGAACUUUCCAUGAAAACGAUGUCAAUGGAAGCACAGAAACAAAUGGAAGCACAGAAACAAGUGGAAGCACAGAAACAAGUGGAAGCACAGAAACAAAUGGAAGCACAGAAACAAACGGAAGCACAGAAACAAACGGAAGCACAGAAACAAACGGAAGCACAGAAACAAACGGAAGCACAGAAACAAACGGAAGCACAGAAGCGACGUUCACCCAAGGUGCCUCAGAGAAAAGCGCCCGAACAUUAUCAGGUCACUGACAGAAAAUUUUUUAUUGACAGUUCCAACCAGAGUUUGACCAACAUCCCGUCAGAGAUUAUUUCAUUAAAAGAAAUAGAAGAACUGCAUCUGGAGAACAACCAGAUUGUAGAAAUCCCCCAGGAUAUUCAGUAUUUAAAGAAUAUCAAGGUCCUUUACCUGCACAACAACAACCUGCAGAGUUUGUGCCCGGAGCUGAGGGAGCUGAGCAAGCUGGAGUUUCUGGACCUGAGUGACAACCCGCUGCUCAGCUCGUCCCUGCGGGUCAUCAGCUGCCUCCGCACUCUUCGGGAGCUGCGGCUCUACCGCACUGGCCUGAAAGAGGUUCCCACGGUGAUCUGCAAAGCCCUGCACCACCUGGAGCUCUUCGGACUGUCCGGGAACUACCUGGAGGCGCUGCCCAAGGAGAUCGUGAACCAGGCGAAGCUCAGGGAGAUCUACCUGAAACAGAACCAGUUCGUGUCUUUCCCUCAAGACCUCUGCGUCCUCUCCAACCUGGAGGUCAUCGACCUGGACGAUAACAAGCUGAAGGCCAUCCCGGAAGAAAUCAGUCAGCUGGAGAAGCUGCAGAAGUUCUACUUGGCGUCCAACAACCUGCCCCUUCUACCCGACACUCUGAGCCAGUGCAGCCAGCUGACGGUGCUGGAUCUGACCCAAAACUCUCUGCACUCCCUCCCGUCCACCCUGGAGAAGCUGACUUUGCUCACCGAGGUCGGUCUGAGCGGGAACCGGCUGGAAAAGAUGCCGCGCCUCCUCUGCCGGUGGACAUCGCUGAUCCUGUUAUACAUGUCCAAUAUCGGCCUGCGUAGGCUGCGGCGCAACUUCAAGCGCCUGGUCAACCUGCGCUUUCUGGAUCUCAGUCAGAACUGCAUGGAACACUUUCCCCUGCAGGUCUGCACUCUCAAGAACCUGGAGAUCCUGGCGUUGGAUGACAACAAACUGGAACAGUUACCAUCGUCUCUGGGCUCACUUUCAAAACUGAAGACACUUGGGCUCACAGGAAAUUACUUCCAGACCUUCCCAGAGGAAAUCUUUUCCCUACCAUCUCUGGAGAAAUUACACUUUGGACAAGACCAGGGAUGCAAACUUUCCAGACUGCCAGAAAACAUCAAUAUACUGCAGAAUCUUAAAGAACUAUACAUAGAAAACAACAAUCUGGAAAAGCUGCCAGAAUCCUUGGGGUCAAUGCCAAACCUGGAAGUUCUUGAUUGCCGCCAUAAUCGUCUUAAGGAGCUCCCAAAUGCCAUUUGCCAUGCUCGAGGUUUGAGGGAGCUGUUGCUGGAGGACAACUUGCUUAUCCGCCUGCCAUCUGACCUUGAUCACCUGAUGAAUCUUAAGGUCCUAACACUGACAAAAAAUCCCAUGCAAAGCCCUCCAAUGGAAGUGUGUGACCGAGGCAAUGAAGCCAUAUGGAAGUACCUGAAGGAAAACAGAAUUAAAAAACAAAUGGCCACAAAGAUUCAGGCGUGGUGGCGUGGAAUCAUGGUGCGGAAAGGAUUUGGGUCCUUUGAAGAGCUACUAAAAGCCCGAAAAAAGGGAAAAGGCUCCCCAAAAGAUAAGAAAGGAAAGAAGGCUGGAAAAGGAAAACCUGCAAAGGGGAAUAAAAAAUAAUUGUGUAAAUGAAUGUGACCAGACAAUGGCCACAGUAAAAUUAUCCAUAGAAUUGAGCUUCUUUGUAAAAAUAAAAAGUCUUAAUUUUACUGAAAUGUUUAUGGACAGAAUGAUAUGGCA